AUGGAAGUCCGUCAUAAGAAGGCCUUAAACUCGCAAUUUGUGACACUUGCUGAGGAAAUCAAUCCCGAGUAUAUCUUUCCGUACCUGAUCGAAGACGGCAUUCUUACUCCGCAUAUGGCGCUUAUCAUCAGCACCGGUGGGACUGUUUACGACAAGGCUAAUCGUCUGUUAAGCGUACUUCCGUCUCGCGGGCCAGGUGCAUUUGGUUCGUUUUUGAGAGCUCUUGGUGUGUAUUAUCCGUGGUUGAAAGACGGUCUUAUUGCGGCUGUUAAUACAGAUAAUACUCAACUGUACCAGCCUCAGCCAACACCAAAAUCAUCACAACCAACAUCAAGCAAUGCGCCAUCAGCGGCUGGUAUGACCACACAGAUGGCCAGUCUGUCUGUAUCUGUGCAGUCAGAUAGCGAGAGAGUUACAGAACAACAGUUGAUGUUUGUGGCUGAGAAAAUGAACGGCGACUGGGAAAGUCAGGCAAUAAGACUUGGUUUCCAAAGCGCGGACGUCGCUCGAUUUAAAAACGACAACAAUGGAAUGAUUAUGCAGAUACAUGCAAUGCUCCGUGCCUGGAGGACAAAAAAAGGACCGGAUGCAACAUGUGAACGUCUCAAACAAGAACUGAAAGAUGCUGGAGUUGACUUGGAUGCUUAUGGGCUCCUAUGA